AUGUCGUCAGAUCCCUUGCAGCAAGUUUGCGAUCUAAUAAAGGGAGAUCUGUCACUUGAAAGGGUACGAGAUAUUAAGGAACAAUUAUUGAAGGAAAAAUCUGUAGUGGAAUACCAAUUGUAUAAAGAAUCAGACAAGUACUAUGGUGAAGUCGAAGAAUCUCUCAAAUUGUUAAACUUAUCCAAAAAUUCGGUCACCUCAAUUAAACAACAAAUCAAUGAAAUUAACAGGUUUGGCAAUGAUAAUCGAUUUGCAAUUAAUCGUUAUGAUAUACUUUUCCAAGCCACCAAACUAUAUGAAACAAUCAACACCACGUCCUCAAUUUACGAUCGAAUAUAUAACUUUGUUGCAUUGAUGGAACAUGUAGAAAGAUUGUUAGUGGCAGAACUAGCGGAGGAUGCCUUAGAGACUGGCUGUCCCCAUCUCUUGGAAAUUCAUUUCCUAUUAACCUCAGCACGAGACUUUCAAGAACAAGUUGUGAUCAUGGCAAAGGAAGCGACUGAAGAUGCACAACGUACAGUCAUGAAGCUCUUUUCAAGACUUUCAGGGAUAACAUCAAAAUUUGACAAGUUGCUGGAUGGGUUAACUUAUGACAUUGUGGAGAUGGCAAGGGCCGAACAAAUAUCGCUAGCAAUUCGUCUUUUCAAAAUUUACGACUUAGAGGAGAGGGAGGAUUUGAGGAUUGAAGCUAUUAGAAACAUUAUCAAGAAGAGGGAGAUUGAAAUUGAAAAAUCUUCGAUAAAAAAACUUCCAAAUAGCAAAAAUACUGCAAGAUUACAAGAGGAAAAACCCACGGUUAUAGAAUAUCCAACAAACAAAGGACUUUACCAAGAAAUAAUGAGCGGGACAAUCUCGACAAGGACAGCGGCCCGUGGUUACAAACAUUUUUUGAUAAAUGGUAUAAAUAAUUCCAUUUCUGAAAUGUUCGAGGAAAUGAAAGAAAAAUAUGUUGGCGAACAAAAAUUUAACGUCCUUGAUAACAUGGACUGGAUUUUCAACGAGUUGAUUAUUGUAAAGGAACAUAUUGCCAAUUGCUGUCCUCCACAUUGGAACAUAUUUGACGUAUACUUCAGUCAGUACUAUAAGGAGCUGCAUUCUUUGAUUACAGAUCUUGUUGAAUCCGAGCCCGAGACCAUUAUUAUCCUUGAUAUUUUGGCAUUUGAUAAGACAUUCCAAGAUACUUUGAAGCAAGAUUUUGGCUUUGCCAAGACUGAAGUCAAAUCAGUCAUCGGCGAUGAAGAAAAGGAAACCCUAUUCAAAGACUAUUUGAAUUUGAUAGUUGUUAAGAUGACUGAAUGGAUUGGUAAUUUGGAGAAAGCAGAAUUUGAUGUAUUCUUGGAACGAAGCACGCCACCUCACUCUGAUUCAGAUGGACUGCUUUUCCUUGACGGGACCAAGACCUGUUUUCAGAUGUUUACGCAACAAGUGGAAGUAGCAGCAGGUACUAACCAGGCAAAAAUACUUGUUGGUGUGGUUGAAAGGUUCAGUGAUCUGUUAACGAAGAGACAGAAAAACUGGAUUUCCAAGAUAAGUGGAGAAAUAAAAAAACAAAUCAAUUACAAUCACAAAUAUGACAUAGAUCCGGAGAGUAUAACUCCGGAAGAUGAAUGCCCAGGAGGCUUAGUGGAAUAUUUAAUUGCAGUUUCAAACGAUCAAAUGAAAGCUGCGGACUAUGCUGUUGCCAUCUCAUCCAAAUACGGUAAACUUGUUUCCAAAGUCUAUGAGAAGCAAAUUUCAAACCAUUUAGAAGGCACCUUAGAUGGAUUUGCUGAAGUUGCCCAAUGCAGCUCUUUAGGCUUAAUCACAUUGAUGUUUGACGAUUUGAGAAAACCCUACCAAGAAAUUUUCAGCAAGAGUUGGUAUAUGGGGAGUCAAGCACAGCAGAUUGCAGAUACACUGGACGAGUAUCUAUUGGAUAUUAAACCUCAGAUGAACUCUGUAUUAUUUGUCAACUUUAUAGAUAAUGUUAUUGGAGAAACAAUUACAAAAUUUCUGAAUGCUCUAUCGUUUGAGCAUUCAUUUAAAAGCAAAAAUAAUAAGUUUUUAGAGGCAAUGAAGAGGGAUUUCGAGAUAUUUUAUCAACUUUUUGUCAAAGUUCUGGAUGGUAACGAAAGUAAGGAUGCCUUAAUCACGCAGAAUUUUACCGUCAUGGAGUUUUUCAUGGAUCUAAGCUGUGAGCCAGUUGACAGCAUAUUGGAUAUUUGGCAAAAAUAUCUUGAGGUUUACUGGGAUUCACGUAUAGAUUUACUUGUAGGAAUAUUGAGGUGCAGAAAGGAUGUGAGCAGCUCAGAAAGAAAGAAGAUCGUCCAACAAGCCACGGAAAUGUUACAUGAAUACCGCCGUAAUAUGGAAGCCAAUGGCGUUGAUCGCGAGCCCACUUUGAUGAGACGGUUUGUGUUAGAAUUUGAGAAGUAG